UUAAGAUCUUUUCUUGAAAGUAUUAAAACUAUUGAAGAUUCCAUUGAAGGUGAAUCUAAUACACCAGAGGAUUUAACUGUUAAUCUAUUAAAACAUCAAAGACUGGGUCUUCAUUGGUUAGAGUUAAAUGAAAAUGAUGAAAAGAAAAAAGGUGGUAUUUUGGCUGAUGCUAUGGGUCUUGGUAAAACUGUCCAAGCUAUUUCAUUAAUGUUAUCACGUCGUUCUAAAGAUGAUGAUUUGAAAACAAAUCUUAUUGUUUGUCCAGUUGCAAUGAUGAGACAAUGGGAAAGUGAAAUAGAAACCAAGGUUAAAGAAUCUGCUGAUAUGAAAGUUUUCCUUUAUACAAGUACAAAUGGUAAGGCAAGAUUACAAACCUUCAAACAAUUGGCAAAAUUCGAUGUUGUUAUUGUUUCUUUUCAAACUUUAGCAUCAGAAAUGAAAAAACAUAUUCAUGGUUAUGAUUUAGGUGAGAUGGGUAUUAGAAGAAUUAAUGAAUUGAAAGCUAGAAAUUCUCAUAUUUCACCAUUUUUCGCUAAAGAAUCAAAAUUUUAUAGAACUAUUCUUGAUGAAGCUCAUUUUAUUAAGAAUAAACUUACAAAAGCUUCAUUAGCUUGUCAUAUACUUGAGAGUGAAUAUCGUUGGUGUCUUUCAGGUACUCCAAUGCAAAAUAAUAUUGACGAGAUUUUCCCACUUAUCAGAUUUUUAAGAAUUAAACCUUAUUGCUUUGAAGAUAAAUUUAGAACUGAUAUUUCCAUACCAUUAAAACCCAAAAAUGAAAACUAUGAUGAAAUGGAUAGACAAAAAGCAAUGCAAAGGGUUAGAAUUAUGUUGAAAGCAUUAUUAUUGAAAAGAUCUAAAGAUAGUAAAAUUGAUGGUGAACCAAUUUUAAAAUUACCAGAAAAAAGUGUUGUUGUGGAAGAUGUUAUAAUGGAACCUACAGAUCCAGAAAAUAUUUUCUAUAGACAUCUCGAAGGUAAAUCUGCUAUUCAAGUUGAAAAAAUGUUGCAAAAAGGUUUAGCAAAAGGUAAUUAUUCUUCAAUUUUAACACUAUUACUUCGUUUAAGACAAGCUUGUUUACAUAGUGAAUUGGUUAGAAUUGGUGAAAGAAAACAAGGUUUUACAUUUGAUGGUGAUGGUAAUUUAAGGAAAAAGGCAACAUGGGACUCGAUGUAUCAAUUUGCCUCAGAUUUGAAACCAGAAGUUGUUAGAAGAAUUAAUUCAGCUGAGGCUCAACAAGGUGGUGGUGGUGGUGGUGAUGAUUCAUCAGAUAAAUUCACAUGUCCAAUUUGUAUUGAUUCAAUUACUGAUCAAGAUUGGUGUAUUUUUUACCCAUGUGGUCAUGGAUUAUGUACUGAAUGUGUUGAUAAUUUUUUUGAAACUUUCCAAGAGGGUGAAUCAAAUAAUGGGAUAAGAGUUGCUAAAUGUACACAAUGUCGUUUACAAGUUAAAGAAACUCAUAUGAUUACAUAUCCAAUUUUUGAUAAUGUUUGCAAUAAAAAAUUAUCUAAAGCAGCUGUUGGAUUAUUAUAUGAAAAAAACACUAAAGAAUUGGCCAAGAUUAAUAAAGAAAUUGAUUCUGAAUUAGUUGGAUUAAAAUUAUCACCAAAAUUGGAGAGAGCUUUAGAAUUAAUUAAAAAAAUUCAAUCAAAUGAUAGUUCAGAAAAAAUCAUUUUAUUUUCACAAUUCACUACAUUAUUUGAUGUUUUCCAAAAAUUUUUAAAUAAGGAAAAUAUUGAAUCAUUAAGAUAUGAUGGUUCAAUGACAUCAGAUGCAAGAAAUGAUGUUAUUAAAGAAUUUUAUAAAAAUUCUUCCAAGAAUUUAUUAUUAAUUUCAUUAAAAGCUGGUAAUGUUGGGUUGACAUUAACAUGUGCUAAUCAUGUUAUAAUAAUGGAUCCAUUUUGGAAUCCAUAUGUUGAAGAACAAGCACAAGAUAGAGCACAUAGAAUUGGACAACAAAAACCAGUUACAAUUUAUAGAUUAUUAGUUGGUGGUACUGUUGAGGAUCGUAUUAUGGAAUUACAACGGAAAAAGAAAGAAUUAGUGGAAAGUGCACUAGAUGAAAAAGGUAUCAAGAGUGUUGGAGGAUUAGGACGUAAUGAAAUUGAAUUUUUAUUUAAUCUA